AUGACAGAAGAAGAGUUGGAUGACUUCAAGGAAGAACAAACCACUCAGAAUCUCGUCAAAAAGAAAAGAACUCGCUCUCAUGCACCAAAACAGAAGCUAUUACAAUUAGAAGCAAAUUAUUUUGAUGGAGAAACAAGAGCUAGAUCGAACAAAUAUAAAUAUUUUAAAGAUUUGUACAUAUUAGAGAACUCAGACAAUAGGCCUGCUAUUGUUAUGCCUGACGGACACAUUUUUGUUGAAACUUUUUCACCAUUUUACUCAAAAGUAGUAGAUUUUAUAAUUGCGAUAGCUGAUCCAUGUUCAAGACCUAAGUACGUUCAAGAAUACCAAAUAAAUCCAUAUUCAAUCUUUUCUGCCGUUUCAAUUGGCUUAAAAGCUAAAGAAAUCAUAAGAAUAUUAGCAAUCAUCAGUAAAACACCACUUACAGAUGAAUUUAAAGAGCAUAUUGAACUGUGUUGUCUAUCUGUUGGAAAAUUAAAAUCAGUUUUACGAAAUACUAAGUAUUAUAUCGAGUCCAACGAAAUUAGAAGAUUACUAGAACUUCUGGAGAUACCAUUUUUCGAGGAAAGACACGUCUAUCCUGAACCAGACGAAAAAACUUAUAAACAUACGAAGUUUUUGAAGGUUGGCAAAGAAGAAUUAGAGACAAUUAUAUCAGGUAUAGGUGAAUCAUCAUAUCAUGGCAAUGUUGCUCGCUUAACUGAAGGAAUUGAUGAUCUUUUGGACACUCCUUUGGAAAAACAGACGAUUUUACGUUUUCAGAUCAAAACGGAGUCAGUCAGAGAGAUCAGACAAUACGCCGUUGAUCACAAUCUUUUCAUUUCAGAUGAAUAUGAUUUUAUGAACGACAAAACAAUCGACAACCUCGGUAUUCAACUGAAGAAUACAACAAGAAUCAGGCCAUACCAAGAAAAGGCACUAACUAAAAUGUUUUCCGGUGGAAGAUCAAUUUCUGGAAUCAUUGUUUUGCCUUGCGGUGCUGGAAAGACGUUAGUUGGCAUUGCUGCCCUGGCGACAAUUAAUAAACCAACAGUAAUUGUCUGUAAUAAUCGUUUAACUGUCAAACAAUGGUAUAAUCAGAUUUUACAGUACGCUACGAUGGACAUGAAGAAGAUAUUCCUAUUCAGUGACACAGAGAAACAGGCGUUACCUCAGACAGGACCUUGUAUUGUCAUUUCUACGUAUUCUAUGUUAUCAAAUCCAAACAAAAGGUCUGAUAAAUCUCAGCAAAUCAUCGACCAAAUAAAGUCUCGUGACUGGGGACUCUUAAUUCUCGAUGAAGUCCAAGAUUCGGCUGCAAAUACGUUCAGAAAUGUGACAGACAUUGCUAAAGCGCACACAAGACUUGGUCUAACAGCAACACUGAUCAGAGAAGAUGACAAAAUUUCGGAUCUCCGUUAUUUGGUCGGACCAAAGUUAUAUGAAGCGAAUUGGCUCGAGCUUAGCGAACAAGGAUACCUUGCACGCGUUAAGUGUUUCGAAGUCACCGUACCCAUGACAGCUUCUUUCUAUAAGUACUACUUACUUUCCGACCAUUUCAGACAGAGAAUUCUUUGUUCAUCGAAUCCGAACAAAAUUCGAACAGUUGCAGGCAUCAUAAAGUUUCAUGAAAGGCGUGGCGACAAAGUUCUUGUCUUCUGCGAUAUCAUACACAUAUUGAUUCACCUUGCAGGACUUCUGCAUUGUCCGGAAAUCCACGGAGAAACUCCGGAAAACGUCAGAAGUUCAAUAUUCCAUGAAUUCAAAAAUGGAUCAAAAGUCAACACACUUAUAUUGAGUUCUGUUGGUGACAAAGCCAUUGAUUUACCAAGUGCUUCUGUUGUUGUUCAAGUGUGUUCUAAUUAUGGUGCGAGAAUGCAGGAAAGCCAGAGAUUGGGAAGAGUUUUGAGGCCAAAGAGUGGAAACAGAGAAGAAUUCAACGCUUUCUUUUAUUCCUGUAUCAGCGACAUGACUACUGAUUUGAAGUACUCUGCAAGAAGACAGCAGUUCUUAGUUGACCAAGGAUAUGUGUAUGAGCCAGUGAGUGACGCAAGAGAGAGAUGGCCGUGGCCAGAAGACUUACUUUCUGACGAGAAAAGUGAAGAAGAAUGGCUCAGAAAAAUGCUGAAGGUCGAGAAAAUUCAGUCAGAGGAAACUGAGUACGAGAGCUACAGCAGUGACGAAUACGAAGAAUCACAGAGUGAUUACAUCGAUACAAUCGGAAAGUCUGCUCCUCAUUUCUCAUUACUUAACUAA